GUGCCAUCACCGGCCACCGAUGAAAUUCCUCAACUUUUGCUCUUCCCACCACCACACUCCUUCGUGUCUGCGCUGCAUCCGUCUUUGCUUGUCUUCUCUCGAAGCCUUGCAACAAACCCUUACAUUCCUUCCAGCCAUAUCCUCCUCAUACCUAUACCCACCAAUGUUCCUUAAAUCCCUUCUCCUCCUCGUUCUUGCGACCUUUUCAGCUGCCUUGUCGCCUCGAACAAGUACACUACACCGUCAUUCGAAACGAGCUUCCAUCACCCAGAUUUCCUCGUUUCUUAACGCCCAUAACAGCGCUCGAGGUUCUCACGGCGCAGCUCCAUUGAACUGGUCUUCCUCAUUAGCCUCCAAAGCAGAAGAAUGGGCAACGAGUUGCCAGUUCAGACAUUCAGAGGGAACUCUAAGAGAAGCUCCAUACGGGGAGAAUAUCGUCGCUGCGUCUGGUCAAUUCUCCGUUCAAGCAGCUGUUCAGACUUUUCUUGAUACCAAAUCUCAGUAUUCUCCGGAACAGCCUGUCUAUAAUCAAUGGACUCAAGUUGCAUGGAAAGAUACCCAAGAACUCGGAUGUGCUGUAUCGACGUGCAACAACAUUUUUGACCGUUCCUACGGUCCUGCUACCAUGGUGGUCUGCUUGUACAGUCCUCCCGGAAAUGUUGUUGGUCAAAUUCAGGACAACGUUGAAGUUUAAACUUUCCACACGCACAUCUUCCCUUUAUCACUGUAUCCUUAGCUCUACUAGUCCGCUGGACAGGCUGAUUGCACCUACUCGCUUGACUUCCUGGUGGGACUCGUGCGAUGAUAGUGAUUGUUUUUCUUUUGUAUCGAGAUUGUUUCUCGACUUGUUUUUUUCCCCCCCGAAUUUGCUAGUCGUUCGUGUUAGUGGUCUCGAUAUACUUCGAUGUGGUUUCUUUGUUCAUUGUUGUUUGGUUACACUGUUCAGAUUCCAUUACAAGCUGAAUGCCACUCAUGCUGUUAAGAAUAUGCCUCGUAUAUACUCGCUGUAAGCAUGCUGCAACGUAAGAUCAACAAGGGA